CUCCACCACGCUAUCAUGAGCGACGACUGGGACACCAAAUUGGUUAUUGGCUCCAAGAGACAGGUAGCCAAAGUCACCAAGAAGGAUUCAGACCUCAAUGGUGCUAGGAGAGCAGGUGCCGUCGUAGGUACUGACAAGAAAAUAACAGCGGGUGGCAACAAAGCCCACCAGGGAACCGACCAUCAACGCAUUGCAAAACUUGACCGCGAAAACGAAGUUGCCCCUCCCUCAAAGGUCGCUCCGUCUGUUGGUCGCGCUAUGCAAACCGCACGAAUGGAUCUCAAACUUUCGCAGAAGGAUGUCGCUCAGAAGAUUAAUGAGAAGCCUUCUGUACUGCAAGACUAUGAAUCGGGAAAGGCCAUUCCCAAUCCACAGAUCCUCGGAAAGCUCGAACGGGCUCUUGGUGUAAAACUUCGGGGCUCCGGGAUUGGGGAAAAGCUGGGAGGGUCCAAGAAGUCAUGAGCAUCUUGUUCUCUCCCACUCCUUCGUGUUGACUGUGUAGAGCUUGUUAUCAUGUUUUGUUGAAUAGAUGCUUUUAGCCAUUUGGAUAAGAUUGCUAUGUUCAAUACUACAAGAGAUACAAGGCAGAUAACUAUCGGAGAUGCA